AUGACUCCGGAUGAAAUGUUCAAGAAGGAAAACUGCGGAUAUCAUCGCCACGCCGCCCUAGAAUCUAGCAUCCCUAUAAUGGCGAGACAAUUAAAGUUGGAGGCAGAUGGAUGUCGAGGAAAGACCCUGAAAUCGCAUGGACCGAUAUCGGUACAAAGAGAUGAUUCUGAGAUGAACUCCGAAUACCACCCCACGAGGUCGAAAAUCUUAGGUGCAUUUGACUGUUGGUCGCACCAUUCAGCGGGCCUAAAGACACCGCCGCCGCUGUUUCGGUAUUCACAGGAUGCAGAUCUUAAAUAUCAAGGAAAUAGUGGAAGCUAUCGUAACCGUGGCAGGCUGUCCUCGGUUCGGGGAGAUGAAUUGAAUGGCCUCAUCCGGUAUACAAGGCGGAUCUUGGUGGUCACGCCAACCCGCAUCCGAGCACCGCGUUUACCUCUCAUCAGGAUUCAGGAUUAA